UUCAGUCAGUAUGGUGACUUAUGCAGUAAACAAUGUUCCAGUAGACACUGUGACGGCAUGUCAUCAUGCGACGUCAGAGGGACAUGUACAAAUGGAUGUGAUCCAGGAUGGAUGGGAACAGACUGUAUGGAAAAGUGCUCUGAUGGUCAAUAUGGAAAAGCUUGUGGAAAAUCAUGUGUGCAACGGAACUGUUUGGAUAGUUCCAGUUCCUGUAAUCACGUGACGGGGAAUGUGCUGGCGGUUGUAACCGAGGAUAUCGAUCUGUGGAUUGUACCGAGCUUUGUUCCGAUGGAACCUAUGGCUACAGCUGUAACGCGUCGUGUGAUGAUCGACACUGCAGUGGUAAUCAAGACUGUGACACAUUAUUUGGCACUUGUACUCAGGGAUGUCUGAAUGGCUGGGAAUUGAAAGACUGCG